AUGGACGCGGCAAAGGCGGCAAGAACGGCUGCACGCCGGUCAUUCACUAGGACCGCGAAUGAGGUAGACCAGUUAUUGACGGCGAAGGAACCCAAUUUCGGUGAUUUGCGGGGUUCUUUGACUAGGUUAGAACAGGUGUUAGAAGAAAUCCGAGGUUAUGAUUUGACUGUUAGGCAACACAUAUUGGAAACAGUCCCGAUCGACGAAGCGGCGCUCGAUACGGAACAAUCCGGAAUAGAUGUUUACGAGAAACGAUUUAUCAAGACUCGAAGGAAGGUGCGCGACAUUACCGAUGACGAAGAGAGCAGGAAAUCGUCCGAAAGCAGUAACAGGUCAGUGGUGCAUGCAGAGAUGAGGAGAAGGAAGACGUAUAAGCUCCCGAAGUACGAACCGCGGACGAAAGCAGCGGAUUUGGUGGAUACUUUUCCUCAGUCUGGUGAGAAUUACGGCAAGGCAUCGAAAGCACUACAAGAGCGAUUCGGUAAUGGGAAGAUACUUAAGCAAGUGUACAUCCGUGAAUUGGUAAAAAUGGUCAUAAUCAAUGGAAGCCAGCAAAAUGUAAGUUUUUCAAAAAUGUUUGACAAACUCUCAGCUCAUUUACAAGCGCUCGAGACCUUAGGAGUUAGCAGCGACCAGAUGUUGACGUUUCUGUAUCCAAUCGUCAAAUCUAUGUUGCCGGAAGAUGUGCUUACUGCGUGGCAAAGAAGUCCAAACUGGGGCAAGGAUGGGUCGACGAUGAGGCCGCCCCAAACCGAUUUGCAACUACUGCUAGAUUUUCUGAAAUUGGAAGUCCAGUGUGAAGACCAACGUCAAUUAGUACGUGCGGGAUUUCAAAUUCAAAAGAAGCCGGAAAGGAAGGCAAAUAAAAACGUUACUUUCCGAAAAGAAGAUGGUCCUACGGCAUCUGGGCUAUUUGUGAGUUCGAAGGUUGGAUGUCUAUUCUGUGAUAAGGCUCAUGAGAGUCAACUCUGCGCGAAGGCAGCCUCCAUGAAUCUAGAGAAUCAAGACAGUUCGAUGUUGUGUCCGGAAGUAGAGAAGAAUCAAUCGGUGCCCGAAUCUACAUCGAAACUGACACCCAAUCAAACCACACCUUCGAUGUCUAAUAUGCAGUGUUCCGGAGAUGUCAUAUUACAGACUGUGUUCGUGAAUCUGGAAAACAAUGGCGUACGACGAAGAGUACGUCUCGUGUUUGACAGCGGUUGUCAUAGAUCCUAUUUACUCAAGAGCACGGCAGCCAAACUCGGUUUGAAAACUGCCGGAACCGUGAAUAUGUGUCACAUUCUCUUCGGAUGUUCUCGGGAAAUCAGGCAACAUCAGAAAUACCAAGUGAGUAUCGAAAGUUUGGAUGGAUCUGUCAAGACAUCGUUGAUUUUGUUGGACCAGGAAAAAAUCUGCGGGCUAUUGCCGAGAGCUAAUAAGCAGAACGUAAUCGAGGAUCUUAAUCAAAAAAGGGUAUUCGUGAAUGACGUGGGAGAAGGUUCACCCGAGAUUGAGGUCUUGAUCGGAGCUGAUAAUUUUGCAUCGUUGCUCACUGGGAGAAGAAAAAGUUUGAGAUGCGGCUUGAUCGCGCUCGAAACGGCGUAUGGAUGGACUCUGAUGGGAGAAUUGAGGAAAUAUGAAUCCAACAGUGCGUCGCUAAUGCUAUGUACAUCCAUGAUGGCCGAGAGUAACGUGACUAACUUGUGGGACUUGGAGCUUAUUGGCAUCCGAGAACCAGCUCUUUAUAAGUCAUAA